GGCCGCUCCGUAACCCUCACCCAAUCUCUCAUUCUGGAUCUGACCUCGAGGGCGCGGGGGGCGAUGGAAUCGGCGAACGAUACUCCAGAGCCGGUGGAGAAGGUGGAGACGGUGGCGGGGGAGGGGCAGGGAAGGGCGCGGGGGGAGACGCAGUCGGCGAACUUUACUCCAGCGCCGGCGGAGAAGGUGGAGACGGUGGCGGGGAAGGGGAAGGGGAAGCGGAAGAAGGGGAAGGGGAAGGGGACUAGGGGCGUCUUCUGCGGUCGAGGUAUCGAGUUGGGCAAUUGUGGACUGAUCUUGGUUCUUUUUGAGACGCAAUCUGGGUUUGCAAUUUUCACUUAUGAUGGUAUGAAUCUCCUCCUAGAUAAUGCAGUUGAGAAUAUCUGGGUAGAUUUCAUUGAGGGUUACUUGGCAAAAUCAAUGGUUUGGCUGAAAGAAUUUAAACGUCUUGAGAACGUGAGCAGCGCGAUCGACCCUGUUACCGGUGUUGACGAAGAUCUUGCUAUGACGAUCCGGAAAUACAUCGUUCCUGGGCAGCAACUAGCUGUUGGAAAGCCUGAAUAUAAAACCAUCAUUGAAGACAAGUUGGAAAUAUCCUGCCUGCAUGAUGAUGCGGUCAUGGAAUUGAUGUGGGGCCUUGGGAACUGCGUAGAGUAUCUAGUGCCUUCAGAAAAGUUGGAGCUGACUAUGGAGGGUCGCCUCCGUAUGAGUAAAGGAUUGAAAACUGUCCUGGAAAGUUAUGACUUACAAGUUGAACCAGAGAUGGUUAAUAAGCAUAUUAUUGAGACAGCAGGUGUUGUGUAUAGUUGUGACCAUUCUGUCAACAAACAUGGUAAGUCCUUGCGGGCUGCUGGUGAGCACCUUAAGAAGAUUUCAGACAUUGACUCGCAGGAUUGGUGUUUAAUUAAACUAGUGACUGCUCUCAAGUUAUUAUGUUACCCUACAGAGGAACUUCCUGGAAUUCCUCUUGAGGUUUUCUCAGCAGAGGAGUAUUCCAAGUUGGUGAAUGAUGGACCUAAAUACGAAGGUAAACUAUUGAAGGUGUCUUGCAAGACUGUCUUCAAAGAAAUGGUGUGGGCCCGUCGUCUGAGGAAUAGGAUGUUAAGACUCUUGGCCCAUUACGUGAGGGAGGCAAGAAAAGCAUAUGAAGAGGACCAAACUUUGAUGAGCAGCUGUGAGGGAGGCAAGAAAAGCAUAUGAAGAGGACCAAACUUUGAUGAGCAGCUGUGAGGGAGGGAAGAAAAGCAUCUGAUAAAAAGGCAUACUGGCCUACUCCCUCCGUCCGCCAAAGAGUGUGCAUCUGGCUCCAUGAUUUUCCCCAAAAUAAGUGUACGUUUGGCUCCACCGCAGGUAAUUUUGCAUUCACCCCCCUGAUCUACGCCUCGAGGUCACCACAACCAGCGACGACCCAAUCCUCUCGUUCUCCCCCAAAUCGAAGCCAGUCUUCUUCCUCUUCCCCCAACUCUCCCUCCCGAUCCAAUCCCAGAUCGCUGAGAGUCAAUCAUCCAAUCCAAAGCCAUUGCUGGUCAUGCAGAGAUUAAUGGCGGCCGGUCCAUAUAAGCUGCCGGUGUGCAUCGCAAUGGAUCCAUGGAAGGCGGCGGAGGAGCGGUAGGUGGAGGAGCAGAAUCCGGCGAUGUCCAGCCAGGCAAGGCCAUCGCGGCGGCCGGCGGCGUAACACGCGACUGCGGAGGAUCUGGUUCUGGAGGCCCCCACCGUGCUCGGGCAGUCAGGUUCCGACCGCGCUCGCCCUCGUACAUCCUUCGGCGGCGGCGGUAUGGUUGCGGAGCCAAACUCGUCGACUUGGACAAGGAUGUAGCAGCUGAUGGCGAAGCUGGUGUCGGGCAUGCAGGUACUCUUCUCCAUCGGCCUCAUGUUCAUCUUCUACCUCAAGAUACUAUGAUUAUUAGAGACAGUAUGCAGAAGGAUUGAACAAGAAGAAUUGAAUAGAUCAGCGAGUUGUACCUGGAUCCAUGUUUAGAUUGAAGUGACGUGUGGGCUGGAGCUCUUCAUGCACGGCUUCACCCUCUUCAUGUACGGCUUCAUCCUCUUCAUGUACAGCUUGCUCCUGAAAGAGAGCUUCAUCUUCUUCCUGUUAUCCUGUAUGGCUUCCACUCCCUCAUGCACGGCUUCGUCUCCCUCAUCUGGUGGUAGUAUAUUCAAGUCAAUGGCCAUGGAUGGGGUGUGUGUGUGUGUGGUGUAUUCUUUGGUAAAUGUGAGCUGGCUUUGUAGCUGUGUUAGGCGUUUGGAUUCCAAUUUUUGGCGCCUGUAAUCUGGCUUACUAGUAUUGAAACUGGCGGGAACAGUGUACUGGAGUAACUGGCUGAAGCUAAAUUAGCUAGCGGGAGGAGGAAUUGUAUUUUGCUUGUGAUUUAAUGAGACAUGUGUAUUAACUGUGUA